AACACUGUACGCUAGAAAUUUUAUAGGAAUAUUUUGUUAUUUUCACCUCUCUCACACCAGAAAACCCUCGCCCUCUCCGCCUCUCUCUCGCUCUCUCCCUCACUUUCUGCGUUUCUCGUAGCCUUGCAUCUCUCUCGCCUCUCACUCGGCGCCGCACAGAAUUUCCCACCUUGCCUUCUCCGGCAGCAGCUGUAGCACGGUACGUCCCCCUUUUUCGUCGCUCCCUCCGCCUCGCCUCUCACUCGCCACCGCAAGGACCGACCGGUCCCGUCUUCUCUGCCAGCAGCUGCAAAAUGGAAAAUCAGCAGUAGCGCAGCAAGCCUCGAGAAGUUCACCUCUACAGUUGCAUCAGUUCGCCUCUCUGACAAGUCAAAAAAAAAAAAUUGAGAUAGGAAAAUUUGUUGGGCAUCUUGUUGGUAUAGAAAUUGGUCGAUUAUUUUUCGGCAAAUUUGUGAUUUUUGUGGUGUAAGAUGUGGAAGUGGAAAAAACUGCAUAAUUUAUCAGUAAAAAUAACUUCCUAAAAUGGCGCCAAAAAAUUUACGUUAGAAACUGUGUUUUCAUAUAUAGAUAGAUAGAUUCAAAUAAUAUAUAUAGUAUUAUUUUUAUUUUUAUCCAACCCUAAUAUUGAGAUUUCCGCCACCCAUACUCUUCCUCCUCAGGACGUUAGCUACACUGUUCUUCCUCAAAAUUCCGGCUAGUCGUCACGGGCACCCUUCACCGCCGGCUACCCAGGACGUCAGCCACGCCGUUCUGAUUAGGUCAUAAUCUAAUUCCAGGAGGGAAAGAAUUUGUUCCUUCUCCGGCUUAGAUAGUCAUAGUCGUCUCUCUAUCAUCAUUAUUGUGAAAUCACCACUACAUCGCUCUCACAAACUAAGCACAUCAUAGCGCGCACACAGGUCGAAGCAGCACUGCGGUAUAGAGUUGCUGCGCUAUAGGGUUGCAUCCACAUUCUGCGUGAAAACUAAGCCACCAAAGAUGUUGCCAACUGAUUCUACCAAAACGUUAUCAUUCAAACGCUGCAUAAAGGACGGGGACUUGGUUAUCCUGUAUGAGCGACACGAUGUGAUGAAGGCUGUAAAAGUUUCGGAAAAGGGGGUUUUACAGAACCGUUUUGGUAUGUUUAAGCAUUCUGAUUGGAUUGGGAAACCAUUCGGCUCCAAGAUCUUCAGCAGUAAAGGAGGAUUUGUUUAUUUAUUAGCUCCGACUCCUGAGUUGUGGACUUUGGUUUUGAGCCAUAGGACGCAGAUUUUAUAUAUUGCGGAUAUAAGCUUUGUUAUUAUGUACUUGGAGAUUGUUCCUGGAUGUGUGGUGCUUGAAUCUGGCACUGGAAGUGGAUCCUUGUCUACUUCUCUUGCACGUGCUGUUGCUCCCCAUGGGCAUGUUUACACGUUUGAUUUCCAUCAAGAGAGGGCUGCUUCGGCCAGGGAGGAUUUUGAACGCACAGGAUUGAGUAGUUUGGUGACAGUUGGUGUGAGAGACAUUCAGGGUGAGGGUUUCCCAGAUGAAUUCUUGGGCAGGGUGGAUUCAGUUUUCCUCGACCUGCCUCAGCCAUGGUUAGCGAUUCCUUCUGCUGCAAAAAUGUUGCAGCAAGAUGGGGUCUUGUGUUCCUUCUCUCCCUGUAUCGAGCAAGUGCAGAGAUCUUGUGAGACGCUUAAAUCCUCCUUUACCGAUAUAAGAACGUUUGAGAUACUCCUCCACACAUAUGAAGUUCGAGAAGGACACUUGGCAAGUUGGCAGGACGGUGAUGGGGUUUUGGCAUCUCUUAAGGGUUGCAAGAAGAGACAGCGUUCAACAAAUGGACAGGAAAAUUCUCGACCUCAGACUGUCAUGGCUCGACGAAUGGGUGAGACUAGAGGGCAUACUGGUUACUUGACUUUUGCCAGACUCAAUUGCGUCAGGUAGUGCUGAUAGCUGCAGUUAUACUUUUUGUUGUGCCAAAUUCUAGUCUAUGCUUUGAAUUCUAUAGCAUUUAGUUUAUAGCCUAGAUGAGAGAUUAGGAGCACAAGAGCAGUGGGUUAUUGAAUAUACACUCAUAGGUGGUUGCUUGUAGCAAUUUUAAGCAGCAAUGCUAGUGUCUGUAGCAGCUGCGUUGGUUGGAGUCGAAAUUCAGCAGCUGUGUUGUUGCACUGAACUGCUCAAUAACUCUAGUUCAAUGUCAUAGUUUUUUCCUCAAAAAAAAUUCAGGAAAAAUGUAGCGGUUUGAAAUUGUUGAUUCCUUGAUAGUUAUUUGAAUAUUAUGAUUCUUAUAAUAGGCAUAUGAUUUUGAGGUAUUUAUCAA